AAUACGUUCGAGCUGCACCGCGUCUUUUGGUGUUUGUAUUAAUGACGACACCACCUGCACGCCCUAUGUGGUUGUUGUUUGGCCGCCAUGUCUGCGUUAUGUUGCAGGUUCGUCGAAUGCGGUUUGGCGUAUGACGUCCACGCGUACUGUUUCCAGCCUGCCUUCCUCACGUCCAUGUCUGUCGUGUCUUCGUUCAAUUGGUAUUCAAACGUGAUCAACAUUUCCGAUUCCUCGCCGUCAUUCUUCUCGUCUCCGCACAACCAGCACUCUCACGUCUGGACUCUCCUUUCCUCAAAGUGAAUUCCUCGCAUUGAACCUACCAUGUCGACCAUCCUACAUACUGCUUCAGGUGCGGUAGGGAAAGUAGGCAAUCAGCUCCAGUAUACCAGCAAUAGAAUCCUCCCUCCAAAGCAGCGCGAGGAGACGCUAGAAAAGAUUCGCGCCUUCGUUGUUGCCAAUCCCAAAGUUGCUGCUUUCCUCGUUGCGCAAAUCGCCCUCACAGGCGUUCCGCUCGUCUUGUUCCUCGCCUUCGCAACCUCCGUCCUCCUCGUCUCCCUUACCACCGCGCUCCUUACCGCCCUGACCGGCGCGUUCCUCUUCACGCUCUUCACAGUCGGCUUCGCUCUUCUCUUUGUGAUCCCCACACUCUUCGUCACCAGCUGCACGGCUACCUUCCUCUUCUCCUGGGGCCUUACAGGCUACUAUAUUCUCCAGCGAUUCAAUGAGGGCGAGACGCCGGUCAAACGCGGUACCAGAGUUGGCGAUAGAUUUCAGGAUUUGACGGGUGGAAAACUGGCUUGGCUAGUUGAUGGCACAGACGAUGCAUCGGCGGGCACAGGAGAAACAUUGAAGGUUCAGGUUACCAAUGGAAGCGAUGCUGGUGGCACACCUGGUGCACAGGUGUUGGAGGGCUCUGGGCGCGUAAAAGUCCUGAGGAUCACAGAUGUGAAGAAAUCGAAUGGCACGCAAAAGCGCGAGGAGGGUGUGGAGAAUGGACAUGAUCUGGUAGAUGAGAAUAGGAAUGGGUUGAACUGAAUCGUUUUCACGAUACUUCCAUUUCUACAUACUAUUCCUUGG